CUCUCCCUCUCACUAUUUAUGUAUAUGAGCAAGCGGCAUCGUGUGCAGCCAAGCCAGCAAUAAUUUAUUGAUUCACACAAUCCAUGGUUUGGCGCAGACGUCACUGCUUCUUGACAUUCUUCGAUUUUUAAUUUUUUUUAGUUAUUUUGUCAAAAGCAAGUCCUUCCAUCUAUGAAUUUUUGCUGAUUCUGAAGCGGAGUGAUCGAGGAGGUGGAGGAAAGUACAUGGGGAAGACGUGGAUUCUGAGCUGCUGUUUGUUGCUUUUGGUGUGUAUUAAUGUGUGUGAUUCGGAGGAGCAACUGCCGAAUAGCCACGUGAUUUCCAGCGUCGCGUAUCCGAGCACUCCGCUUGGUCCAUACGAUUGGCGGUAUAUUAGAGUUGAUUUGCCGCCAUGGUUCUCUUCGUUGUCUCUAGCACUGGAAACAGAUGUUGACCUUAAUCUCAAUGAAUUCAAGAAGACACCUGUAGGUUCUCUGGCUAUAAUCUGCUUCCGAGAUGGGAGCCUCCCUCUGCCUGAUAUCCACAACACUUCUGAAAUGGGUCUAGUGAUGGACUACAUCUCGAACGAUUCUUUUGUUGGGAACCAAAGUCUUCAAAAUUUUGAGAAGUGUUACCCAUUGCAGAAGAAUAUAUUUUUGAGAGUGACAAAUGAGCAGAUUUUCCCAGGUACAUGGUAUUUUGGGAUAUUUAAUGGUGUUGGACCUCUGCGGACACAGUCUAAAAUGCUCGAGCGAGGCCAUUCAUUAUUAUUUAGUGCGAACAUAAGUGUGGAGGGGUGCUCAAGCUCCAUGAUGUCGGGAAAGUUCUGCAACCAAACAGUGAGCAUGCUUUCAUGUAAUGCCAACUAUAAUUUAACUGGAAUUGGCAUUAAAAAUGAAACGUAUAGAGCUAAUGGAAGGAAUGUUAUUGCUUGUGGAAAUGCCAAUGGAAUAUCUUGUCAUGAAAAUGCCAAGCCCAAAGUCUACUUAUUCGAUGCGGAAAACAUUGGGGAAGAGAUACUGAUUUCAGCAGCAAAUUUGACAUUCAGUCAAGCGCAAAAUUCAAUUAUUACUGUAAGCCAUUCUUUGCUCUGUUAUGCCAGAUAUGGUGCAAUGCCCCUUGAAACAGUUUAUGACUUUUCUGGUGAUAUUAGUUGGGCCCCUUUGGUACUUCAAUUCCCCAAAGCUGGUCGUUGGUAUAUUAUUGUUCAAUCCAUCGAUAGCUCAACAAAAAGUCUGGGAAUGCAAAGUAAUAUCUCGAGAGUGUGUUAUAUGUUGGAGUGGCAAGUGCUUCAGUGUCCUAUGGGCAAGGCUGGAUUAAAAUGCACAUCUGAAAGACAUAUGCUUGAGGCUGUGAUUCAGAAAGACCAGUUUCUCCCUUUUGAGUCCAAUUACUUGCCAAUAACGAGAAAUGCAUCAUCAUUGGAUUCAGCCUUUUUUCAUUUGGAACCUCUUCUGAGCAGCUUCUCCCAUGGAGAUAGUCACAAUGGUAGUUGGACCUUUUUCAUCUUGGACAUUCCGUCCGGUUCUGCCUUAGGAAAUAUCCACCUCCAUCUUACUUCCAACCUUAUGCAAAAUUAUGAAAUCUAUGCCAGAUAUGGAGGGUUACCUUCUCUCACUAGCUGGGAUUACUUCUAUGCUACCCGGACAAAUAGUAACAAUGGCUCCACAUAUCUAAAGAUAUAUGAGUCAACAGAGGACACAGUUAGUUUUUAUAUACUAUAUGCGAGAGUAGGAACAUGGUAUUUCGGCAUUAGACAACUCAAUCCCACUGAUGCAAGCAGCAAUACUGCCAUCUCCUUGUCAAUAGAGAGCUGUCCGAACAAAUGCUCAUCCUUUGGACGGUGCCUGUCUCGUUUAGACGCCGGAGGUCUCAUCUUAUACAGCUACUGCCAUUGUGAUCUGGACCAUGGAGGUUUCGACUGUAGUGUCGAGAUUGUCUCGCAUAAAUGGCAAAUUGUACACUCUAUUUUUCUGGUAGCAUCAAAUGCUGCUUCUCUGUUCCCGGCAUUUUGGGCACUCCGGAAUAAGGCAUUUGCAGAAUGGAUUCUCUUUACGUGUAGUGGUACAGCCAGUGCAGUGUAUCAUGCCUGUGAUUCGGGUGCCGGCUGCCUAUUAGGCUUCCAUACCUUACAGUUCCUCGACUUCUGGCUCUCUUUCAUGGCCGUCGUGAGUACUUUCAUUUACCUAACCACCAUGAGUGAAGCUUCUAAAAGAACAAUCCACACCCUCGUUGCCGUCCUGACUGCCCUCAUGGCUCAGACAGAUCCCACCAGGUCCAAAAACAUCAGCAUUGUGAUGGGACUAGGAGCUCUCGGCCUCCUCAUCGGGUGGCUUGUUGAGUUUUGGACCCAUCAAAAGUCGACAACUGUUCCAAGAGAAGAUCGUUGGGAUCUUCUUCGAAGAUGGAACAUUUUUAAAGGAUGGAUCCAUAACAUUUUCAAGACAAUCAAGAAGCGGUAUGUUGGCGCAGGGUUUUUGACACUGGCUCUCGCCGUGGUGUCUUGGCAAAUGGAAUCCUUUGAAACAUAUUGGAUUUGGCACAGUUUAUGGCACAUUACUAUCUAUACUUCUUCCUUCUUUUUCCUAUGCGCAAAACCGAGCACUGAAACAGCAGAGGCAACUACGCCUGCGAACUAUGAACUCACUCGACAGGCUUCAUUCAACGAAAAUGAAGUUAGACGCGAAUGAUAAAUGUUGGCGCAUUUUUUGUCGCCGGUUGUGCUAAAGAUUAUAUUUAGCUUACAGAUGAGAUGAGAUGAGAUGGAUGGUGGCAACACAACAUAGCACAGCAGGUAACAAUAGAUAGAUAGAUAGAUACUUAAGAAGAAUUCCUCCAUCUUCUUAUAUUGCUAUUGUUGCUUUCAUUCGUUACAAUAUAUUUUGCAUAUUCUUCCAGUAUAUAUAUGCACAAAGCUUGCACACACACACACAUAUAUAUAUAUAUAAAAGUUAUUGCCCAUGUUCUCUUGGUUCACUUUUUUAGUUUUUUUGGUUAUUUCUUGAAACUUUUAGUAAAAUAUUCACUAUUUAUUCUAGUAAAAUAAAUACCAUAUUUAUAUAUUAAUUUAUUUAAGUGAACACAAUUGUUCUCUCAUAAUGCUAAACUUUUUGAAACGUCUUAUUAUUAUCUCA